AUGAGCAAGCCCGCCGGAUCAACAAGUCGUAUUUUGGAUAUUCCGUGCAAAGUCUGUGGAGACCGAAGUUCUGGUAAACAUUAUGGAGUUUAUGCUUGUGAUGGCUGCUCGGGGUUUUUCAAGCGCAGUAUUCGCCGGAAUAGAACCUACGUUUGCAAAUCAGGAAACCAGGGUGGCUGUCCUGUGGACAAGACUCACAGAAACCAAUGCAGAGCCUGCCGGCUGAAAAAGUGUCUUGAAGUCAACAUGAACAAAGAUGCUGUGCAACAUGAAAGAGGACCCAGGACAUCCACAAUAAGGAAGCAAGUAGCCCUGUAUUUUCGGGGACACAAGGAGGUGAAUGGAGGUGUCACUCCUUACCCAUCAGCUGCUUUACCUGGACCAGCUUUCUUCACUGCUGUAACCCAGUUGGAGACGCACAACAUUGAUCUCACUACUGGGUCUGAUCGCCAGGCAUUAGUGGGCUUACCACAGCCAACUCCAAAGUACCCGCAUGAAGUCAACGGAGCGCCCAUGUAUCUGUACGAAGUGGCGACUGAAUCGGUGUGUGAAUCUGCCGCGAGGCUUCUCUUCAUGAGCAUCAAGUGGGCCAAGAGUGUGCCCGCUUUCUCCACGCUCCCAUUCCAGGAUCAGCUCAUUCUUUUGGAAGACGCCUGGAGAGAACUCUUUGUUUUGGGAAUAGCCCAAUGGGCCAUACCAAUCGACUCCAGUACCCUGCUGGCCGUAUCCGGAAUGAACAGCGAUAACACCGACUCCCAGAAGUUGAACAAAAUCAUCGCCGAAAUCCAUGCGCUGCAGGAGGUGGUGGCGCGAUUCCGUCAACUCCGCGCAGACGCCACCGAAUUCGCCUGUUUGAAGUGCAUCGUGACUUUCAAAGCCGUUCCAACUCAGAGUGGUUCAGAGCUGAGGAAUUUCCGCAAUGCUUCAGCAAUCGCAGCUCUGCAAGACGAGGCUCAGCUCACUCUUAAUAGCUACAUCCAUACCAGAUACCCAACGCAGCCAUGCCGUUUUGGGAAGUUACUUUUACUUCUGCCAGCUUUACGAUCCGUGAACCCCUCGACUAUUGAAGAAGUGUUUUUCAAGAAAACAAUCGGCAACGUCCCUAUCACAAGACUUUUGUCAGACAUGUACAAGUCCAGCGAUAUUUAA